AUGGGGACUGGCCAUGGAAUCCCCUGCCUUCUCCUGUUCCUCGCGAUCGGCCUCCUCUUCUGCCCUGGCUCGAGCUCCUCUGACCAUGGCAAUCCACGGCUUCCAAAUGCUGUGGUGGUGGGAACCGUCUACUGCGACACCUGCUUCCAGCAGGAGUUCUCCAGGACCAGUCAUUUCAUCCCAGGUGGGUUUCGCUCUGCAUGCUUCUCCGGGUGAGGAACACCCAUUGAAUCUCCCCUGAGAUGAAGGAGCUCUGCUCUUCCGUGCUCUGCUCUGCUCUGCUUGCAGGUGCCGUCGUCGCCGUCGAAUGCGGCGAGGAAGAAGAGGCGGCAGCGACGAGACCCAUCUUCAGGGCGGAGUCGAGGACCGACCAGGACGGCGUGUUCAGCGUCCACUUGCCCCCUCGGAUAAGCAAGCACCUGCGGAGGAUAAAGUCCUGCUCGGUGAAGCUGGUCAGCAGUAGCGAGCCCUUCUGCGCGGUGGCGUCCUCCGCCACGUCUUCUUCUUCUUCCCUGCGGCUCAAGUCGACGAAGUCGGGUCUCCACGUCUUCUCCGCCGGGUUCUUCACCUUCAAGCCCCUGCAGCAGCCGGAGCUCUGCUACCAGGAGCCCAGCCUCGCCGACUCCCCCCAGCUCGACGCCACCCAGACCUACGCCGACUUUCCCCAGCUGCCUUCUCGUCCGUCUCUCCCGCAGUUGCCGACGAUCCCGCAGUUGCCGACGAUCCCGCAGUUACCGACGCUCCCGCAGUUGCCGACGAUUCCGCAGCUGCCGACCCUGCCCAGUUUGCCGGGGCUGGAACUGUCGAAACUGCCGCGACCACAGGCCACCCGCAGCGCCGCCUCGUUCAUGGACCAGAAGCAGGACCGCCCGGUCUUCUUCUUCCCGUCUCCGCCCAGCCCCUAUCACUCUGCGCCCCCAGUUCUCCCCACCACCCCCUACCGAGCUCCGCCGUCGAUUCUCCCCACCAUCCCCUACAAGUCUCUGCCGCCGAUUCUCCCCACCACCCCCUACGGAGCUACGCCGUCGGUUCUCCCCACCAAUCCCUUCCAGUCUCCACCGUCGGUUCUCCCCACCAAUCCCUUCCAGUCUCCGCCGUCGAUUCUCCCCACCAACCCCUUCGGGUCGCCGCCGUCGCUUGUGCCCUCCAACCCCUUCCAGUCGCCGCCGUCGGUUCUGCCGUCCAACCCAUUCCAGUCGCCGCCGCCGGCCUUCCAGCUACCGCAGUUUCCCUUCCCGCAGAGCCCCUUCUUCCCCGGCACCCCCCCUUCUUUUCCUUCUUCGAAGGGCGGCGCAGCGGCAACUCCGUGA